AUGCCAACGCCCAAUUCCACAUCCACAAACUCCACAAUUGCUCCGGCGACUGCUGCCGUAUCACAACACCGACACAUCUGGAUCAUAACAGGACCAGCAGGGUGCGGAAAGACGUCGGUAGCAGAGUACCUCGCCGCUACGUUCACAAUGCCCUACCUAGAAGGCGACAGCUUCCACCCACAAGCCAACAUUGAAAAAAUGGCCAACAACAUCCCGCUGACCGACGCCGACCGCUGGGACUGGCUCAUCCUCCUCCGCGACCAAGCCGUCGCUGCCCUCAGCACCGGCGCCUCAGGUGUCGUCCUCACCUGCUCAGCCCUGAAACGCAAAUACCGUGACGUCAUUCGAGUCGCGUCCUACAACGACAGCCAGGUGCUCGUCCACUUCAUCUACUUGUCUGCCACUCAAGAGCUGUUGUUGCAGAGAGUGCAUGGCAGAGUGGGACACUACAUGAAGGACAGUAUGGUCAAGAGUCAGUUUGACGCGCUGGAGCCACCGACACAAGAUGAGAGGGAUGUGAUGAGUGUGGAUGUCAGUGGUGAUUUUGCUAGUGUGCAGCAAUUGGCGCUCGAGGCUGUGAAUCAUGUCAUGGUGAGUGAUUCAGUUGCUGUUGAGCCAGUGCAGACAUAA